UGACUGCUGAAACCACAAACAUUGAAGCUAAUUCAAGCAGCUCCAAUACAACCAAUUCAUCUGUUUAAACACUCGAUUUUCCAUUUCUAACCAGUCAUGAAUAUCGCACUCAGCUGCCUAUUGGUUUUGGCCGCCACAGUCGCCACUAACGCCGAGGCUGAUCCUCAGUAUCCCUACUACGGAGGCUACGGCGGCUACGGUUACCCAGCUCCGUACCCUGCUGCCUACCCUCCCAUGCCACAAUACGAUGCUGCUGCUUACCCCGAACAAUCCAGCUACUUCCGUGCCGGCCUUCCUACUCCUUCUUUCGAAAAUGAGGUUCAGAAACAGGAUGGCCGCCUUUUCUUGGGAACAGUCACCAUCACUUUGGCCACGACAACAUCUACCAGCACCAUCACUACAUCUACCACUUGCACCACCUCCGCCAGAGCCAUCUCCAUCUGCUCUCCAUCCGGCCGUCGUCGUCGUGGUCUUGGAUUGAACACCAGCCAGAAGGCCCGUGGUCUUUUCUACAACGACGAAGAGGAAGAAUCCGAAUCCGGCAGCAUCUUCACCCGCUCUGAUGAACCCGAAGUCGUCGCCGUCGCCCCAGUUGAAGAUGCUGAACGCCAAUCUCGUUCUACUCCCGCCAUGGUCCCUUUCGUCGUUCAGCCUGGAUUCAACGCCCCCGAAGGCGUCCGAGGUGGUCGUUUCUUGGUUACCUUCGGAACAUCCACCAGCAUCACCACCACGACUAGCACUUACACUGCCAUUUUGACAGCUGCAUGCAGAAGCACCACCAGCUUCAAUACUUGCACUGGCAGCGGCAAAUAAGUGCAGUCGUUCUCCUAGCUUGCCUAGCCCUUCAAGUGAUGACAACAGGCCUCCGUUAAUUAUUCUGUAGCCACGAUUGUUUCCGUUGCCAACUCUUGACAAUCGGCGCAUUGUGGCAGCUUUUCUUUCCUUAUUUAACUUAAUCUUGACUGCGAGAUGUAUUCUUAUGACUGAUUUGAUUGAAAUUCUGCGCUCUCUGCUUAUGAACGACCAUUCUUUCCCAUCAGGCAAAAGAAUUUAGCUCAAAGUGAUCUAAUGUUAUUACUGAUUUCACUAUAAGGAGGAUGCCUUUGCUUAAAGGCGUCCGCCAGCUUCUUAAAAUGUGUUGCCGUACACUCCAUCUAGCCAAUAGAAUCUGAUGUAAUGAUAUUACAAUAAACAGUGCAGCAAUCCAA